GAACUCAAGGACGACAGUUACAAAAUUAACAAGCCAAGUUUUUUCUCCGUAAUUUAUAACAAUUACACGCUCGAUUACUGGUUAGUAAGGAGAGAGAGAGAGAGAAUAUUUUCCAUUUUGUGAGGUUUGCUGACCUUAGGAUGCCACGGAAAGGCACUUUUACUCUCAUAUGGACAUCAGAACGACAGUGAAAGUCACGCGAGGUUUCAAAAAUAUAAGAAAAUGGUUCAAAUUAUCAAUUUUCCAAAGAAAACGGAUUCAACUGUCAAUUCAAGGAGAAAGAUGUCAACUCCCUGAGUUCUUCGAUUCAUCAUCGCAUUGGCUACUUAAUUAUUUUUUUUUACAUAUUCGAAAAAUAUGAGGAAAACACGAUUCAACCAUCAACUCAAAUAUCAUCACUCCAAGGAGAAAGAUAUGUCAACUCCCAUAUGUUCUCCAAUUUAUCAUCGCCUUGGGUACUUCUUUUUUUUACAUCCAAUGUACCGGAAAGGACGAACCCAGAUUCCAGAUCUUUCGAUGACAAAAUAUGAGACAAUUUUCAAAUUUAAAAAAACAAGCCAAGAUAUGAAAAAAAAUAAUAAUGAAGAGAGGGAGAAAGAGGGCAAGAGAAUGGGCAGAGCAACAUCAGGGAAUAAGGUGAAGCAUUGACAAGACAGAGAGAUUGUGUAGUGGGAUUGGUAAAGCUAUCUGGAUACCAAGUCGAAACUUUCAGUGACAGUAACCAAGAAGACAUCAUGACGCGAUCAUCUCCACCUUCAAUUAGGUGCUGCUCUCUUGGUCUAGUCAUUGCACUGUUCCUCGUCUUCGUUGCACAGAUUUGCAAUGCGGCUUAUUAUGGAAAACAAUUAGGGAGAUUAUCUGAACUUCAUCAUGGUGUCAGUGGUGAAAUCUAUGCCGUUGAUGGAAGAACCCUCUUUAUCAAAGGCUUCAAUUAUGAUGGUGAAGGUCCCGCUGCAUUUUUCUACGCUGGGAGUUCAAAAUCUCCUGGUAAUAAUGGGUUCAGGGUCCGGGACGAACGAGGAACGACUAACGUUCUAAAGCGCUACAGAAAUAAGGACAUCACUUUAACGCUUCCGGAAGGAAAGACCUUGAACAACAUCAAGUGGUUUUCUGUAUAUUGUGACGAAUUCGCAGUAAAUUUCGGUGAUAUCAAAAUUCCUCGCAGUUUUGAUUAUCCAAAGCCACAAAAAUUAGGAAGUUUAAGUGGUAUCCAUGGGGUUAGUUCCGAACCUGUCGUAAUUGUUGAUGCUCAAACUCUUCUAAUUCCAAGUUUCAGUUAUGAUGGCGAAGCUCCAGAUGCGAAAUUCUGGACUGGAGCUGGACCACAUCCAUCGCCUCAAGGAAUUAAAGUGCCAGAUGAAAAUGGAAAAAUACAGCCAUUACGUCGUUACGAUCAUAAAACGGUUGUUUUAACUUUACCGGGAGAUUUAACGGUGCAUCAACUUGGACAUUUUGGCGUUUGGUGUGAGGCUUUUGCUGUUGAUUUUGGUCACGUGCAAAUUCCACAGAGUCUCAACGUUCCUCCAUCCCUUAAGAUGCUUGGAGUUUCUCCUCAGUCGAAACUCAACUGCGAAGUUCUUGAGGACAGUCUGGCUUUUGAAGUUCGAUGGGCCGUUGCUGGGGACAGUAUAGUCAUUCAACUUGUCGGCAAGCUGGAAGAUGGACAGUAUAUGUCAUUUGGUCUCUCCGGAGAAGCUGAAAAGAGUGUCAUGAUUGGAGGAGAUGUAGUGGUUGCCUGGGUGGACAAGCAAACUCUUCAAGGAUAUGCAAUUGAUUACUUCUUGAACGCCAAAUCUCAAUGUUCCGGAGGACGUGGAAGUUGUCCGGACACUCGAAUUCAAGAUAAUACAAAUUCAGUGAGACUUUUGAAUGCAGCGAUGGUGAAUGGUUAUAGUAUUGUGACGUAUCAAAGACCCUUGAAGGCCAACGAUGAAUUAGAUCGUCAGAUUAAGACUAAUGGAUCUCAAGCGAUCAUCUGGGGAGUUGGUCCACUCAAUGAGAGGAAUGAGGUCAGCUUUCACAGUGAUUACCUGAAAACUGAUCAAUUCAUCGAAUUUGGAAGACCACCUGUCUGGAACUGUCCCAUGCCUGAUCAGGAACCGUCUCGAACAUACGGGGAUAGUGUUGAUAAAAGUCCUUCGAAUCAGGAACUUACGGCAGUCACGAGGAUACGACAGCCAGCAACUCCAGCUCCAGCACCUAAAACAGACGCUUGGGUGAUUCCCGACAUUCAAUGCAACGAACCGGAAGACGGAGUCUUCUACGCUCAAAUGGGACCCACAGGCGGAAAACACGGAUAUCCAGCAAUCACUGGACACGUUGGAUGGGGAAUAUCCUGGUACAUUAAUGGACUUUUAAUUCCCGUGAUUCAUGUAGUGAGAGGUAAAAAAUACAAUUUUGUGGUAGAAGGAGGUGAUGAUGCAGAUAUUCCCGCUCGCUAUCAUCCAUUCUACAUCACUGAUGAUCCAGUCGGUGGUUAUCUGCACAAAACUCCAGAAGAAAGAGCGAAAGUGAAAAUCUUCGCCGGAGUUCGUCGACAAAGGGGAACCGUCAGGCCAACUGGAGUAGGUCGAUUCUGUAAUUGGGUUCCAGAUCAGAAUUCACCACUAGCCGAUGAUUUCGCGUCAUUUGGCGCCUAUCAACGAAUUUUGUCCCUUAUUUGCGAUCCAGGCGAACCGGGAAUUGUGCAAUGGACUCCCGACGAAAAUACACCCGACACUGUCUAUUAUCAGUGCUUCACUCAUCGCUAUCUGGGUUGGAAGAUCCAAGUGCACGACUCUUGCGAUUUGAAUCAAGCGGGCGCGGCGAGCGAGAUUCGGGAAACAUACGCAGAACUGGAAGCGGAGCCGGAAAUGGAGGGCGAUCUCAAGGGUGGAGCCAGUAUUCGUGUCUCGAGCAAGGUAACACCAGCGCCAGAAUUCUUCAAAGAACAUCAAGAAUACGGUCAAGCGUAUGGUCAUCGUCAUUUCUCGCAUCAUUCAGCGACUAACCCGAGCAAUUUAGGUUCACACAUAAAGCAACUAACCCGUACGCAUGUGCCCUAUGAUCAUCAUCGUGAUACUUACGAGCGCUUGCAGUUACCAUCAUAUACGAAUCUAAAAUCAACGUUCAAUCCUUCCAGUGCGAUGAAUAUGCCCCAUUCCAAAGACAUUCGCAUUCACACACUCGCUUAUCCCCGUCUCAAAGAAGAAUCAUCAUUCCCCACCCCUCAUCAAUCUCCCAUCGAGCCAAUAAUUCCUCCCGUUUUCUCUCACUCCCCCCAUCCAAUCAUGGAACCCGAACAAGAGGUUCUCUCCUCUAACCAACAAUCUAAACUCAUUCCAGAUUCAAAACCCGGCACAUUCAUGAGCUUUGGACCCGUGAAAUAUUCCUAUCCCCUUCAGGAAGCACCGCCGCAGACCAUUCUUUUCACCAGAACACCACAACACAUCUUCCAUCAACCACCGAGACCGCAACUGAUGAUCCUACGUAGAGCACCUCAACCCCGUCGACCAAUGCCAUCGCCAAUGAUCACAAUGAACAAUCCAAUGAUGUCCAGGCCGCCCGUAUUUAUCGAGAGGAAAAAAUCCGUCUACCGUACUCCCAUCGUGAAAUCCCAACAACCCCCCCAUCAGGUAACCAAAUUAAUAAAAAUCGACAACAAACAGCAACGCGCGAAAUUAGAACCAAAAGUCUCUGAAAUCGAACCAUCAGAAACAAUUUCUCAUCUAGCCCCCAUGAAACCAGCAAGAAAUACCGGUUUCAAUCCCGACUCAAUAGUCAUCGAAGGUGGUUUCAAACCAAUUCUAAAAAGCAUCGAAUCAAUCCAAGAUCGUGAAAUCCCCCAAUUUCGCUCUGUGGACAAUUUCGAACCAAUGUUCAUUCCCACGGCCCUUGAUCGUGACGGUAAAAAAAACAAAAAGAAAACACAAAAUUACCCAAAAGUACGACUCGAUGAUCUCGAUGACAUGGAAAUGGCCGCCGAUCGAUUAGACUCAUACUAUUUACCAUCGAAUUCAAAAAAUGACGAGACUGUCAUUACUUUUGAUGGUAAACGAGUGAAGGACUCCAGUCUUGCGCGAUCAAUUCCCAAGAGUGUUGAACGUCCCAAAAAGAAAUCUGAUCUACUCACUCGAACACCACAAUUUGGACGUUUUAGAGGUGAUUUACCGCCGAUUAUUUCUCCUGAUGUGCGAAAUGAUGAAUUGGAACGUAGACGAAUCACGUCGAAGGAGAUUUCAGUGCCGGAAUUAACAUCAAUAACUCACAAUAAUCAUCGAGCGGGCAAUACAAAAUUGACAUUGAUUGAGAGAGCAAAGAGAUCGGCAGCGCAUGAGGAGAGAAAUAAUUCGAGUCAUGGUGUCAAUCAUGAUCGCAAUGGACAUACGUAUGAUCAUACUGGUUAUGUGCAAGAUCAUGAGGAAUACAUUCAUCACAGUGAAUUUGAGCAUAAUCAUAGUAAUCACGAUCACAGUAAUCAUGAUCAUAGCAAUCAUGAUCAUAAUAAUCAUUCGGAUCACGAUAAACAUAGUCAUGAUCAUAAUGAUGGAGGUUUGACCUUGGCCAGCACUGGACAAGUGAUUAUUGCCAAUAUUGAAUAUAUUGUUUUAACAGCCAUUUUAUAUUAUAUCAUUUGAUGAUUCAAGUUUAAAUUUCAUCAAAAAAAAAAAAAAAAUAAGAAAAUUUGAUGAUUUCUUUAACUUUGAGAAUUUGAGGAUUCAAUUUGAGAUGAUUCAGUGAAAUUUAUCAAGUUUUUCUUUGUAGAAACUUUCUUGAUACUUUGACUAUUAUGUCUUCCAAGGAUCAAAAGCCAAAAUAGCCGGGACUGUCGAGAUCAUUGUUGAGCCUAUUGGCAAAAAUCAUUUUUUAAAUUUUUAUUUCUUUACUUUACAAGAUGUAUUUUUUUAUUUUAUAAUAUAUUUUUAUAUUAUAUAUCAUUAGGGUUGCCACAAGUCAAGGAAAUCGGCGAAAAUAAAAUCAGAGGAAAUUUUAUCAAAAUAA